UUCCAAAAAAGUAGUUGUAGACUCGUAGUACAAAAGAAAAAAACCCCAUGGGAUUCAUUACCGAAUCAAACCUUCCUACUCUCAAUCAAAUCAAAAAGUCUUGUUCCUGUUAACAUCUACGCCAUCAUUAUCAUUAUCAUCAUCAUCAUCAUCAUCCCUCUCUCUUUCUUGUUUUCGUAAUCAUACCCCAAAACAAAAUAUCUAUCAAUUAUUAUUCCCAAUUUUGCUCUUAAUAAUGAUUCCCACGAUGCCAAUAAUUCUAAUCUUGAUGUUAUUUGCGACGCAAAUACAGUCAGUGCAAUUCGAAGUAUUAUCGGGUCACACAAAAUGCAUAGCAGAAGACAUAAAGAGUCAUUCCAUGACUGUUGGCAAGUACCAUAUUGUCAAUCCCAAUGAUGGCCAUCCUUUACCUGACUCUCACAAAGUUACCGUCAGGGUGACAUCUACAUACGGGAAUACCUAUCACUAUUCGGACAAUGUUCCUGAGGGGCAUUUUGCUUUUGAGACUACGGAAGCUGGAGAUUAUAUGGCUUGCUUCUAUGCUGCUGACCAUAAGCCCCCUAUUACUCUGACUCUCGAUUUUGAUUGGAAGUCUGGUGUAGCUGCUAAGGACUGGACCAGUGUAGCUAAGAAAGGUUCUGUUGAACUAAUGGAAUUAGAAUUGAAGAAGAUGUACGAACAUGUUCAAAGCAUCCAUGAUGAGAUGUUUUAUCUCCGCGAAAGGGAGGAAGAAAUGCAAGAACUUAACAGAUCAACCAACUCCAAAAUGGCUUGGAUGACUGGCCUGUCAAUCUUUAUAUGCUUAUCUGUGGCAGGGUUGCAGUUGUGGCAUUUGAAAACCUUUUUCGAAAAGAAGAAGCUAAUUUAAUGUUAUUCUGAUACUGUUACUAGUCUUAUGUUUGGGUAGAAUUCUUUAUAGACAACACAAAUGAAGAGGGAAAGUUAUAUUUUAUGUACAAUGUGAUAGAAUUUUAUUUCAAAUGGAAAUGUUACUCUCAGUUUCAGAUC